AUGUAUGCUGACCGAAAAGUUCGGGAUUUGAAGUUUGCUAUUGGUGACCAAGUUCCAUUGAAAGUUUCACCGACGAAGGGUGUUAUGAGGUUUGGUAAGAGGGGCAAAUUGAGCCCCAGAGUACCAGGUCUGAUCUACUUCUUUGACCCGUGGCUGAGCGACUCUUUAGCUUCCACUCGACUUUCCAGGGUUUGCUUCGAUUGCCCUCACCUUGCUCGAUUGACUCAAAAGGAGGUAUCUUUCCAGUGGUCCAAUGCUUGUGAAGAGUUGCCAAAAGCUCAAGGCCUUAUUGACUACAGUCCCAAUUUUGGCAUUACACGUGGAGGGUAA